UCGUAAAAGUCCUCACUAGUGAUUGUGUUGUGAGUUUAUGAGGUUUUUAAUUUUGUUUGGAUUUUUCGACGAUGCCGCAGUAACACGAUGAUGAUGACGCUACAGUUGAACGCUCGUCUGGUCGAAAUUUUUUAUUUAAGUAGCGAGUGCCCAACUCAUGCCAAAUUACUCUAGCGACAACCACCGACGCGAUCAAAACGCAUCAUAAAGCGGAAAAAAGAAAUAUUCUUAUUUUGGCACAGUUGAUUUCCAAACACAAGUGAAAAUAAUAAAAAGUUUAUAACCAAAAAACCAAAAAAAAAUAGUUGGGUCGGCGAAAUGAAUAAACUGCAAGUUAUAUUACUUUUCUCAGCGACACUAAUAUGUUGCGCAUAUGCAGCACGCGAAGAUGACCGUUGGGUGUGGGCCAGACGAAACGACUACAAGGAUCAACCACGUCAAUUGCAUGACAGUACAGCCAGAUAUCAGUCUGAAACUUUAAGGCGCAAUGCGCGAGCGCGUAAUCGUGAACCAACUACCCGAAAACCGCUGCCGGGACAACCGCCAAACGACGAAAUCGAUGACUAUGAAGAUGAUGUAAAUACGAACGUCGCAACACGAAAUUACCCUUACCCACCCUUUGGCAAUGGUCAGUUAUUUGGAGCAAACUUCUAUCCGAAUAUUGGUGGUGGCUUUGGUGGGGCAACUGGAAAUGGCAAUGGUAUAUUGGUGGGGCCUGGAGGACCGACGGGCGUUAUUGGACGGCCACAAUCAGCAUAUCCGGGUGGAUACAACGGCCAACCGGGUGUAGGCUUUCCAGCACAACCAGGCAUAUUCGGAGGAGGUAACGCCUUAGGGGCGGGUGGACAAUUCGGACAAGCGGGUGCAGGUGGUUAUUCCGGCGCAGAGGCUGGUUUAAAUCCCGGUUUUGGUGGACAGUUUGGCGGUGUCGGACAAUUUGCCGGUGGACAAGGUGGACAAUAUCCCAUUAGCGGUCAAUAUCCAAUUGGGGGACAAUAUCCAGGUGGGCCGCAAUAUCCUGGCACGCAAUUUCAAGGCAACCAAUUUCCAGCAGCGCAAUAUCCUGGUGCUGGCGGUCCCCAAUAUACUGAAGGUUACGGACUCGCCUCGGCCGGUGGGGGUUUCCCAGGCUAUCUGCAGUACACUACAGGUGGUCCCUUUGGUUAUGGAAAUGCUUUUAAUGAUGCUGAAAGUGCGAAUCGAAAACUGCAAGUUGAGGGUAAGAGUGUGGAAGUACUUAAAAGUAGUAAGCUGAGCAAGCAGCAAGUGGAUGACAAGAUUAAUAAGGGACUCACAAAAGUGCCGCACUAAAAAAUUAUAUCAACUUAAUUGUUAUUGUGUAACAUUCUAAAAAUUUGUAGCUUUAAUUGUUUGUAGUUUUAAAAUAAAAAGUAUUAAAUAAUAUUAGAAAUUAAAUCGCAUUUCAAACACUCACCUAUAGUUGUGAUUACGAUGAUCGAGUAAAAAAGUGAACCCGCAAAUGUCCACUGCGACUUCGUAACGUCCUCAUCUCCAUCCCAACCAUUCGUUUUUAUGGCGGUCACUAUUUGUGUUUCGAAACCGGCUAAAUCCUUCUUUACAUUGGUGAUCCAAUCAGUUUCGGACAGCACUGAGGCAUUGUCGGAGAAACGCCAAAUUUUAUCGGUCAAAUUGAG